AGAACAUGUAGACUGCGGGAACGUCUCAAAAACUUCAGCACACUUUUCUCUUUAACGUGAGAUGUUUCAGGUUUGUGAGUGUAUGACCGUUCAAAAUAAGAAAAAAAGAUGUAAAAAAAUUGUUACGAAAUUUCACUCCGGCAGCAAAGUUAGCUGUCCAAACCGUAAAGAUAAUAUGACUUAAAAGUAGUUACUCUGCAAAGUUUAGUUGGGUUUUCUGCUGACAUUAUAUUAUUCUGCCGCUAAGUCAUUUUCUUCUUGUCAUUUUAGUGCUUUAUCUAGUACUUCUCGACAAAAUGGAACUAAUCGAUAUCAGAAUGAUCUUAACUUGAUUGAUAAUAAUCAGAAACAAAAUGGAACAAUGAAUGAUGUUAAACCUGAUCAAUCAAAACUAAACACUAUACAAGAACUCAAUAUGAAGCCCAACGAUGUUAUCAAGAAAGAAUUUCGUAAAUUAGCAAAUCCAUCCGCUAAAAAUCCAUCGGCCGCACGGUAUUAUUGCUUUAACGAAUAUUCACCAGUAAAUACAGUUUUUGUCAUCUAUUCAUUUUAUAGUGAGGUAAAAAACAUCGGAAAAAAUCGUUAUCGAGACGUUAUUCCUGGUGAUGAUACAAGAGUUGUCCUUCUACCAGAUGAAUUAGACAAAGAUGAUUUUAUUAAUGCCAAUUAUGUCACCGGCUAUAAACAAGAGAAAGCAUAUAUUUUUGCUCAAGGUAUUCUAUCAUUGUAUAAUAUUUCGUAUGCAUUAAUCACUCUUCCCAUGAUGAAAAAAGUGUGUCCACUAGAAUCAACUGCAAAAGAUUUUUGGAGAAUGAUCUGGCAGCAGAAAUCAGGUGUGAUUGCAAUGACAACAAACGUAAAAGAAGGAGGAAUCCCAAAAUGUUUUCAAUAUUGGCCACUUGAAAAUCGUACUAGACAAACGUAUGGAAUGUAUGCCGUGACAAAUGAAGAAGGCAAGCCAGGAGAGAAUUUCAAUAUAACAAAAUUAACAAUAAGAAAAAAAAAUGUGGAUCAGCCUUUGACAGUUUAUCAUUGUCAUUUUACCAAAUGGCCAGAUCACGGUAUUCCGUCCGGUACUGAGUCUGCUUUACAAUUUUUAAAAGAAGUUCGGACAUUGCAUCGAAAAACAAAUCUAAAAGUUCCAAUUGUUGUUCACUGUUCUGCGGGAAUUGGACGAACAGGAACAUUUUGUACUAUUGACAUUAAUAUAAGACGAUUUCGGGUAGAAAAAACUGUUGAUAUACCAUCAACCGUUAUUAAUAUGCGUAAUGAACGUGCAGGUGCAGUUCAAACAGAAGAUCAAUACUUAUUUUGCUAUCUAGCAUUAACCGAGUUUACACUAUUAGAUGAAAACAAAUUACAAUUGUUAGACGAAGAAGAAACAACUAUAAAUGUAGUUCCAUCUCCGUCGUCGUCUAAGCGUAUUAUUAUUCCAUCAUUGGACACAAGAAGUACAGCACCCGUUACCACAAUGACGGAAGGAAAUAAUAGGGAUGUAGUUCAGUCACGUUACUCUAAAUCAGUCUUGAGUGACACGUCAAUACCAAUGAGAUUCGAAACAGACGCAAGCGAAGAGGAUCAUGAAGCACAAAUAAAACGUAAUAAAUCGCGUACCGUUGAUUUAUUGCCUAAAAUAUCACGAUCAACGCAUAACCCAGUUGAAGGUGGCUAUAUCGAACCAUUUCAUUUUGAAGUCGAUUAUAGAUAUGGAAGAACUGUCUACCAGGAAAAUGGAAUAGAACCUUUGUACAAACAAACUGCAACACAAAUAAGUAAUCAACAGCAGACAUCAAUGAGUGAUAAUAUUGAUAAUGUUCCAGGUAAAUCUCAUAAUUCCAAAAGACAAAUAAAAGUUAAUAAAAAUGCAACACUAACUUUUGAUGCAGAACAAUAUGAGUUCGACAGAGAAAAUUUAGAUUAUAAUAAUGAUGACGGAAAAACUCCUAAAACAAGCCGAAUACCGAAAUUACUAGUAUUCCAAACUCCAAAAACGCCUGAUACAUUAACCAAAAAUGAGAAAAAUCCAUUAACACCUCGUUCAAAAGUCAAAGAAAGAACAUCAUCGCCAGACACCGCUACAUCACAGACUUCCAUUUAUUUGUCAAAACCGACAAAUGUACCAGUAUUAUCAACACCAAUAUUUUCUUCGACUGAACAAGAGCCAAUUCUUUCGCAAGACGAUGAAAGUUUUCUAAAGGAUUAUGGUUCGACUUUAAAGGGUACAGCACCGAAAAAACAACGUAUCUGUAGAAAACCACGAAAACAUGACUCUAUGAAGGAAUAA